ACUGCGGCGGGGCGAGCUGUUUCCACCCGGAUCUGUUAUUGUGCUGCUGGGCUACAAUGCCCGCUGUUUUGGUGUUUGUGGGAUGAUAAUCUGGUCAGAUUAUUGUUCUCGGGCUCCUUCUCGACGCGCUGUCCUGCAUUAACCCCUGUGUAGGUGCGUCUCCGUGCGUAUUUCAAUGGAACCCAGGAUGAGCCGGUAGAAGCACUCAGCCUGUUAUCGCUGUUUUGUGGUGAAAUCUGAUAAAGAGCAGCAGAAUCUGAUAAAAAUGAACGUCUUUCGUAACCGCGUGGCCGUGCUCGGCCUGGUGUUGCUCGCCACGGUGCUGCUGUACCUGCUGCUGCCGGCGAUGAGGCAGGGCAGCAUGGAGCCAUCUCUGGCGGUCCAGCGGAUGGCGCUCAUGGCCGCUUCAGUUCCACCCUCAACUCCCAACAUCACCGUCCGGACAGGGCAGCUGCCCAGCGACCCGCCACUGUUCUUCAGAGAGGCGCUGCCUGUGGACUCCGCCGGGAGGCAGAUACUGCCCAGGCUGCAGGUGGUCCUCCUGCACGGUCAGGCCUUCACCUCUAAAACCUGGGAGGAACUGGGCACGCUCAGUUUGCUUGCGGCCAAUGGAUAUCAGGCCCUCGCCGUGGACCUGCCCGGUUUUGGUAAGUCUCCAGCCUCAGAGUCGGUGAAGUCUGAUCAGAAUCGCGUGGAUUUGCUGAAGCGGUUUCUCGAGGCUUUAGGCGUUCGGUCUCCGGUGCUGUUGAGUCCGUCUAUGAGUGGUCACUACGCACUGCCCUUCCUGCAGAAACACAGCAGUCAGCUCCAUGGCUUCAUACCCAUCGCUCCGGUCGCCACACGGACGCUCACACCGCAGCAGUACCAAGACAUCCAGACUCCUACGCUGAUUGUGUUUGGUGAACUGGACACUAAUCUGGGCGCUCAGUCUCUGAAGAACCUGCAGCAGCUUCCCCGCCACACUGUGGUCAAACUGGCCGGAGCGCGACACGCCUGCUACAUGGACAAACCCCGCGAGUUCCACCAGGCCCUGCUGGACUUCCUCAACAAACUGGACUGACUGGCGGCAGCAUGUGAGGACUGUGAAAGAGAGGAUAGGAGGAUGUGAGGCGGAGAAAACGGAUAACGUUCACAUUACAAACCAAUCAGUGACUCGUGUCUGUCAUUGCGCAUGCGUGCUCCGAAAAAGUGAACCUGCGUUAGUUUUACUGUUACAUAAUUUACAUGGUGUAAAAUUUGAGACAAAUUCUUAGGAGCAAGACUCCUUUCAAUACAGCAGAUUCUAAAAUAUAGCCUAAACUACUACUACCACUACUACCAUCACCACCACUAAUAAUAAUAACGCUAAUUAAUCAGAAUAAGAAUAUAAACUACUACUAUUACUAAUGAUAAUAAAAAAGUGGUUUAAAUAAGACAAUAGAAAUGCACAUUGUGCCACACUUUGAAGUGAUUUACAGUAAUUGUAAAGAUAAAAACUCUAUUAUAUAUUUUUGCCACUUCUAGCCUGUAAUGUGAACGUAGCCCUGAGGAAGCUCAUACAGAGAUACUUUUUCAUAGCUGAGUGUUCUCGUGCGUACCUGCAUGCUCCGCUCCAUCCUAACCGUGACUCAUAGCGCCAUACGCUGGCAGUCUGUGCAAAAUAGUUACCGCAGACUCAAUUAUUGCACAUUUUCUUCCAUAUUUGGUGUGAAAUGGUGCCGUGUUACAGUCCAGUCAGACAUUUAAACAGGACACAGGCCGAGUCAUGGUUGACUUCCAGUGAUCCAGAUACUCGUCCUGUGCUUUAAUACUGUUUAAUGUGCUUUUGUUACUCAUGCACGUUACAUGAGCGGCCACUAAUGGUGCAAGGGGGUAGUGGAGAGGGCAAGAAUACGCUCGACCUCGGUUAGUCUACAUUCAGAUAUCUAGGUGGCCAGCUAACCAAGCUUUAUAAUGAUGUUUGAGCAUAAUGUACCUAAAAUGUCUGAAUAUCAGCUUGACUUUCUGCCGUAGCUUCAGGUUUCGAAUGAGAUCAGUCGUGCAUUGCUCUUGUUUUUGUUUCUAGCUGUGUGGCCCUUGGCUAACUCGCAGUCGUGUGUAACAGAUAUAAAGAGUACUUCAAUUCAGAAAUCCAGUUUAACGCAUUUUGACUCGCUUCGUUUUGAAAUAUUAAAAAGCUGCACUUUGUAAGAUUGUUUUUUUUUAUCAGAAUUGCAAAUGUUACUGAGGGAGGAGAAUAAAAAACAGGCUGAAAGCUGCGAGUCGCCCUGUAAAGCCUGAAAUAAACAUUUAGAGGCGGAGAUUUUCACACCACUUCAUACGUCUUUACGCGUUAACGUCACACACAGACUCAGAAAGAAGGCCCGGCUCGAUGUUUCGGCCUCAAAUGACCUCAUAAUCGACAUCCUACUGAAGAAGUAGUAGAUAAUUCGUUCUCAGAUGACGCGUCAGAUUCAUCCACUCUGGUCCAAAACACAACCUGCUCUUCUGCACGUUGCGUGCAGUUACAUGUUUCCACCAGAGAGGUCUCCAAAUCCCCAAAUCUUACCAGGUGCAGCUUUCAGUGUUUCUAAGUACUGUAUCAUUGUGGAUUAUAUGCAGCUUUUCAGGGGGGAUGAAAGUGACUUCUGGGGAACUUCUACUGCUAGAGUUGACAUUUAUGUUGACUCGGCCCCUCGUUACUCCAAGAGAUCAGCUAACAAGCAUCAGAUGAGUUGAUACAGUAAUUGAACGGCUCUAAAGAUGGUGUUUGGGGGGGUCCCUGAAUGGAGAAUGUUAAGGGCAAGUGGAUAAGAGCGUGUUAAAAUUGGUACUUGCAUAACGAUGUUGUGCACAUUCCAAGCUGAGUCAUUUGAGCUUAAGCCGUUCAGCCUUUGCUGCUUGGCCAGUUUGCCUGGUAUUUGUAAGGACGUGCACGAACACCUUAUUAAUGUUUUGAGGCCAAGAAAUCAACCACAGUGUUGCAUUGAGUUUGUUGCUAUGGUAGCUAAUACGUCAUCAAGGUAAUGUUGUAUAGUAAACUACAUAAACACAAAAACGGAUUAAAAUAUGAAUGAAUUUUUAAUCAUUUUGCACUUUAUAAGGUCACAAAGACGAAUUCAAGGACGACUUACAUUUUAAAGCAGUUUUCCGGCAUUUUCAUAGUGCUGUUUUUUUUUUUUUUUCUUCAUGGCUUUCGUGCGCAGAGAACUGUGGGUAACGUGGGUAGGCCUGGAACGAUACGUCUGUAGUGUCCUCGAAAUCACUCAGAAUGUAGGCUGCGUUUCUAGGCUGUAAACGAAGGAUCCUCCGCUUUGGAACGGCCUGCUGUGGCCUGCCGAGAAAUGCAGCAAAGCGAGAAUGCGUGGGGGAAACAAUCAUCUGGUGGAGGUUAAGAUGAGCCAAAAUAAUUUGCAUUUCGUCUCUGUCCAAACAUAAAUCUUGUCUGUCCAGAAUUGUAGGCUUACAGGAGAGGGAAAAAUAAUGUGGUAUUGAUAUGAUUUUUAUUCCAAGUGAUUUUGCAGCAUUUCUAUUGGUCCAGUCGUCGUGAAACGUCCGCACAGUGUAACAGACAGACGUUGUUAUUAAUAGUAUGUAGAAAAAUCUAAAUCUGGAAAAAGGAUGUUUGUUUUUUUUUAAACAGCGACUUCGUUGGACGGCAUGAACCUUGAUUUAAACUGUGAUUGGUGAAAUAAACAGUAACAGAUGCUGUGAUUGGUUAGAGCAGGGGUGCGCAGCUGUGGUCCUGAAGUCCUGGUGUCCGGCACACUCUGGUAGUUUCCCUACUCAAACACACUCACUAAACCAGGCAAUUAACAGACGAGUGUAACCAGGUGUGUUUGAGUAGGUUAAUCACUGGACUGUGCUGGACGCCUGCCCUCCAGGACUGGAGUUGGGCACCGCUGAGUUAGAGACUCAUUUGCAUAUUGUUGCCUUCUGUUUGAUCUGUAUAGCAAACCCCAAUAUCACAAUACUGAUUAACAGACAGCAAAUCGUGCAGCCGGACAUGCUUUUAUUUUGUAAUGUGGUGGAAGUUGCCGAUUGAUUACAGUGAAUGUAUAAA